AUUAAUUCUUUUACUUCAUUUCUUGGCUAACUUUUAAUGGAGAUUAAUUUUUUUAAUUAAUUAACAGAUACGGCAGCUUUCUUAACUGACUUUCUGCUCGAAUGGCGUUUGCUAAUCAGUGUAUUAGGCGCUCCAUUUGUGAUUGCAUUCUUGAUAUAUAAAUGGCGAAGGAGGCACUUAUCCAUAUAUGACGAUAUUGAAGAAUUUCUGCAAGGCCAAAAUAACUUCAUGCCAAUAAGGUAUUCUUUCUCAGAAAUUAAGAAAAUGACCAAAGGUUUUAAGGAAAGAUUGGGUGAAGGAGGAUUUGGCACAGUAUUUAAAGGAACACUUCGAAGUGGACGUCUUGUAGCAGUAAAGAUGUUAAGCCAAUCCAACACAAAUGGGCAAGAUUUUAUCAAUGAAGUAGCAACUAUUGGAAGGAUCCAUCAUGUGAAUAUAGUGCAACUCAUUGGUUUUUGUGUUCAUGGUUCAAAGCGUGCCCUUAUAUAUGAGUUCAUGCCCAACGGAUCUCUAAACAAACACAUUUUUUCAUCGGAGGCAAGUAUCCUCAACUACGAGAAAACAUAUGAUAUUGCUUUAGGAGUGGCUCGCGGGAUUGAGUAUUUACAUCAAGGAUGUGACAUGCAAAUUUUACAUUUCGACAUUAAGCCUCACAACAUUCUUCUUGAUGAGAAUUUGAAACCUAAAGUUUCGGAUUUUGGCUUAGCGAAAUUGUACCCAGUGGAAGAUAGUAUCGUUCCUUUGACUCGUGCAAGAGGAACGUUUGGAUACAUGGCUCCUGAAAUGGUUUACAAAAAUAUUGGAGGUGUUUCAUACAAAGCUGAUGUCUAUAGCUUUGGAAUGUUGUUGAUGGAAAUGGUGAGCAGAAGAAAGAACUUGAAUGCAUCUGCAGAACAUUUAAGCCAAAUUUACUUCCCCACUUGGAUAUAUGAUCAAUUCCAUGAUGGAAAGAAUAUAGAAAUACAAGAUGCUACUGAAGAUGAAAGGAAAAUAUGUAAGAAGAUGAUGAUAGUCGCAUUAUGGUGCAUACAAUUGAAGCCUAGCGAUCGUCCAUCAAUGAACAAAGUCGUCAAAAUGCUUGAAGGAGAUGUUGAAUGCUUACAAGUUCCUCUCAAGCCUCUCCAACCAUCACUAAAGAGAGAGAUAAAGGGUGAUAGAGAUAAUUCAAAUCAAGCUUCAUCGUCAGUUCAAUCAGAUGAAUAAAGUCUUAUUUAAUUUUUAUUGUUUAUCUUUCUAAAAUUGAACUAUCUCUUUCUAUCCUUUUUUAAGAGAAGUUUGCUUCAAGCCCACGAAAAAAGAGAAGAUUGACAAUAUAAGGUCAUAAUCUUUCUACACUUGUCGUAGUAUAUAUACUUCACAGUGCCCUAAAAAUAAGUAUCAAUCUAAAUAUAGUUUGAUGCUACUCAUCCAUGUAUAAA